GAAUCUCUACCCAGAUCUGAGUAGUGACACGUGACAGUAUGGAUUUUCUGUGCUCGUUUCUCAGACGUCAUUUGGCGGGGAAAUGGCCAGUGGUAGCGUCGCCAAAUGUCGGCUGUUAUCUCAGUCUAGGUAAAAGUCCAUAUUUCUUUAAUGGCCUUAAGUCGGCUGCUGCUCUAAUUGUUCAUCCUAACGAUUGGUUGAAUCUAAAAAGUAGAUCUUUUCUAAAUUGGCUCUUCUUAGCUAUUAUCUAUCAGACAAUUAUAAAAACGUCGGAAUUCUUCUCAAACGUUGAGCAGUUUAUAAGACAGUCCAAGACUUUGCCCUUUCAUCAUAAUAAUAAUAAUAAUAACAAUCUUUUAAUAGGAUGCUCCAUCACAAGAGUGGUUUACAUAGAGGUCCUAAUUACGAGAUGUAUAUUAUAUAAUACAAUUAAAAUAUAAAAAGGUUAAGCUAAAAUCGAUAUAUAUGAUACAAAAAAAAAAAAAAAAAAAAAAAAAAAAAUCAAGCUAAAAUCGAGUUACAGAAAUAAUUAAAACAUACACACUACAAGUACUCAAUUAUAAAAAAAAAAAAAAAAACACUUCUUAAAAAUUUGAAAACUUGCUGAGUUUCUUACAGUUCUCUCUAAUUCAUUAAAGUCUUUGAAACAGUGGUACCGCGAACGUUGUUUUCCCCAAUUAUAUUUAAUUUUGGGGAGCUUGAUAGUAUCGUUAUUGCGCGUAUUGUAGGAAUGUAUAUCACUCUUUCUUACAAUGUCCAAAGAAUGAUUAAGUUGGCCAUUAAUACACUUGUAUGCAUAUAUACAUCGAUGACAUUUCCUACGUUCUUCAAGAUUCAGCCAUCUCAAGACAAUCAAUGCAUCGGUGGAUGAGGAGUGAGGUGAUCUAUCUAAUAUCAACUUAGCUGCUUUGUUUUGGAGAAUUUGCAAUUCCUUCAUAAGUGAGACAUUGUCCUUGUCACCCCAGACUAAAUCAGCAUAAUCAAAAAUAGGUAGCACUAAGCUAUUAUAAAAAAAAGUAACCGGGCAUCAUAAGGUAAAUAAUACUUAAUCCUACGUAGAAGACCAAGGUUUUUAUUAACCUUACAUGAAAUAUACUCAAUAUGGUCGGACCAUGUGAAAGUUGAAGACAACAUAACUCCCAAAUAUUUAAAACUACUUACAGAAUUUAUAUCAGUGUCAAAAAUAGAUAACGUGAAAGAGGAAAUACCAACAAGUUUCCUAUUACUGCCUAUAAUCAUGGAUUUCGUCUUAGUAAGAUUUAAAGUUAACUUAUUUCCAUGUAACCACUGGGCAACUUUCAAGAGAUCAUCAUUCAGUGCCUCUUCUAACAGGUGUGGCUCUUUAGCAAAGUAGUACAGGACCGUGUCAUCAGCAUACAAAGUCACUUCGCAAUUCUUUAUAACCAGCGGAAGGUCAUUAAUAUAAACCAAGAAGAGAAGCGGUCCUAGAAUGCUCCCCUGUGGCACCCCAAAGGUCAUCGGGAGAGGGUCAGACACAGCAUCGCUACAGGCAGUCCGCUGUUUACGAUGAUUCAGGUAAGACUUGAACCACUGUAGAGUGCUGGGCGAGACAUCGAUAGCCGACAAUUUAGAUAGCAAGAUCGUAUGGUCAACGGUAUCGAAUGCCUUGGUCAGAUCUAGGAACACUGCACCGCACAGUUCUCCACUCUCCAUAUGCAAUAGGACCUCAUCUGCAAAACUGGUGAGAGCCGAUGUUGUAGACAGUUUGGGACGGAAGCCAAAUUGUUUGCUUGAAAGGAAAUUAUUUGAAUUCAGAAAGUCAUAGAAUUGGGAAUGGACGACUUUUUCCAGAAUUUUACUCAUUGUUGGCAGAAUAGAAAUUGGGCGAUAAUUUGACGCAUCUCUCCUAUCUCCAGUUUUGAAAAGUGCAGCCACUUUCGAGCAUUUCCAUAUUUCAGGAAAAUUGCCAGUGCGAAUAGAGAGAUUCAGUAACUUGGUGAUCGAGGGACAAAUAGCACGCGCGCCACACUUUAAAAAGUCUCGCACUGAUGUUGUCCAAGCCAAUAGCUUUAUUUGUCUUUAGAGAAAGCAGAUGCUUGAGUACUGUUUUCUCAUCAACUUCGUCAAGCGAGAAAGACUGUAGCAUCGUGGCCGAUCUGACUGGGAACAUAGCAGCAGCUGAUAUUUUAUUUGCAAGACUUCUGCCAAUGGAUGAGAAAUAACAGUUGAGCACGGAUGCAAUAGAGGCUGGGGUGGUGUGUUCAACACCAUCAACUACGAUACAUUGUGGGCUCGAGGAUUUAGUCUUGCGCGAAGACACCUCAUUCACCGCCUUCCAGAUCUUUCCUGAAUCCCUUUAGCCUCUAAAAUCAAGUCACAAUAAUACUUGGAUUUUGCUGCCUUGACUUCACGAUUGACCCUAUUUCUUAACUUUCUAUAGCGAGCCCAGUGAAAAGCAGAAUUGGUUUUCACGGCUUUACGAUGGUGAAAAUCACGAUCCUUCAUCACCUCACUGAUUGUAUCAUUCAACCACGGGAGCAGAACACCUCGUAUUCUUCGCCUUUUCACGGGCGCAUGCAGGUCAGCUAUUUCAGAAAACAAGUGAUUCCAAAUAAACACGGCGUCGUCGAUGUCUUCCUCGUUUUCAAUGAUGUGCCAUGGGACGUUAUUCAAGUCCGCUAGGAAGGUGUUCGCAUCAAAGUUUUUAUAAGAGCGGUAUUCAAUUGUCUUCGGUGGUGCCUUAAUUACACCUGCUUUUAAAACACAAUAGACGAGGUAGUGAUCACUCAGCGAAACAGGAACAACACCGGAGUCAUUGAUGCGGUGAUCAUUGUUCACUAAAAUCACGUCAAGCAAGGAUUGACAGGUUUCCGUCACUCGGGUGAUGCUUCAUAGACCAGUAAAAAUGAAGAUUGUAUCUUUAAUCGUGUCGUCUGGUCUUUAAAAGUAACAUGGUUAAGUUUAAUUCAGGUGUGAUUAUCCUAGUAGAGUUCUUGG